CUAAACUACAACAACUAGAACGAAGCAGCCUUAAAGGAAUGCAACCUUGAAAAUUAUCUUUUAUUUGGGAUUUGUUUAAGAAAGAGACGUUAUAAGCAAAUGGGACUACGGAAUAUCAUUUUCACCGUGUUAUGGAUGACGCUCGACACGCAGGGUUCUUCAGGUUCUCUACAAUGCAGCUCUGAAGAACCCCAGUUGAACUCAAAUUUCAAGGAAAAAAUGGCCGGGGUCGGGAGAUUCAAAUUUUUAGCCGAAGUCAAUGACAUUGAUAACUGCACUAAACUUGCUUGUAAAUACAAGGAACGCGGAGACUUUGCUUACCUGUUAGAUGGCCAAUGCUUCAAUGUGAAAUGUUUCAGUAAGAAAUCAUGCGAAAUUGCAAGUCAGCCUUCUAUCGUCCCAACAGCGUUGGCGAAGCUGGUGUGGUCAGAAGCGCCUGUAAAAAUUCCUUCAUCUUACGGGAUCGUUUCGACAACUUCAGCUUUCACGACGCCCACAAAGAAACCAGGCACAAAUUCUACCAAAGGACCUCAAAGAACUGCACCGGGACAGCGUGGUCCAGAUAAAAAAAUCGCGAAGAUCGCAGAGCACCGGCUUCUCCAGGAUAUAAUUUACACCGACAGUUACAAUAGAGAGGUCCGACCAGCGCUUCGUGAUAGCGAUGUCGUCACUGUCCUUUUCGAAGUGAAACUUGUCCAGAUCGUGGACGUGGAUGAGAAGGCGGAGACUUUGAAGGUGAACGUCUGGACUACACAAAAAUGGAAGGAUCCCUUUCUUAAAUGGAACCCUGAUGAUUACGAUGGAAUUAGCACAAUCAACGUUGAACCAAAUUUAGUGUGGUUGCCCGUCAUAAUACUUUACAACAACGCUGCCAAAGGUUUCACUGGUGGACUAGAAAAGUACAAGACAAAAGUACUAAUUGGCAGCAAUGGUACAGUCACAUGGUUUUCCGCGACACAGUUCAUUUCGUCCUGUAAACAGAAUAUCCGCUUCUUUCCAUUCGACGAGCAGUUCUGUUAUUUAAAAUUUGGAUCUUGGACCUACAAUGUGAAGUAUCUUGACAUGACAACGGACCAGACAACUGCUGAUAUGUCGGCUUGGAUAAAAAAUGGCGAAUGGGAAGUAAUAGAUGUUCCAGUAGAGAAGAAUCAGCUCUAUUAUGCAUGCUGCCCUCAUCCGUACGCUGACAUCACCUACACCAUCCACAUGAAGAGGAAGGUACUUUACUACAUAUUCAACCUGAUCAUCCCCACAACAAUCAUCGUCUUCUUUAUUCUAGUCGGCUUCUGUCUUCCACCUGACACCGGGGAGAGGAUCACUCUAAACAUCACUGUCCUGCUUACAAUGACAGUUUUUUUGAACAUUGCGUCCAACACGCUUCCCUCCACCUCGGACAGCAUCCCACUACUGGGGGACUAUUACCUGAUUCUUAUGAUAAUGGUUUGCUUUGCAAUUCUCUCAACUUGUGUCGUCCUUAGGUAUUACUAUGCAACUCCAACGCGCAUGCCCGAGCGUUUGCGCGUGAUAAUAAAUGAAUGGAUUGCGUCGCUUCUCUUUUUCGUCAUCACAAAGAAACCUAAGAAUAAAGGUGUCAGUCAGUGGUGUGGAAAACGAACCGAAGAGGCGUGUUACGACUGCAAUGAGUCUCACAACUUUAUGGCUGCGCAGAGUUUUAUUGUCCAAAACGAAAGCAACACGGCUGAGGAACGAAUAGCUCUUAUCGAGAUAAGGCCAAAGAAUCACCUCCCGCGAGCCAAUGGGGUGCAAAAUGAACACCGAAAGACGCCGUCGAGUGCAUCACAUAAAAAAUCCAAGAGUGAGCCAGCCAUCAAUCUGAGCGGUGGGGCGUCAGCAGCUUCAGAAAAGCGGUUGAGAAGGCGAAAGAUGUCCGUACUUCCCAAACGCGGUAAUGCCUUAAAUACCCUACAAAACAGAGUUAUGGAGGGACUUGGAGUCCUGACUCGCCGUGUUAAAGAAGACAACGAGACAGAAGAGAUCGUUUUGGAAUGGCAGUUCGCAGCCAUUGUCCUCGAUCGUUUGUUUUUUGUCCUGUACUCACUGACUUUUAUCAUUCCUUUGUUUGUUUUCUUCUAUGCGUCACCAACUCCACCGGUCAGCAAAGUGGAACCACAGUAAGCACUAAAGUAAAUAGCUGAUUGAGUAACUAGCCUUCUGAAAGGAAGAUCAGAUAUGACAUGAAUUGAUUGGGUUCAUAUCAAUUUGAUUGUUGAGUAUUAGCAUGAUUGACUUUACAACUAAAUGCCUGCACUCCAGGCUCUGACUCAUUCCCAGACGUCUUCAUUAAAGGCGCGCCAAGGGAUAAGAGGAGAAUGAUGGGAAGGGGAAUUACCAUCUCUCGUAAUUUUCCUAACCAUUACACCUCGCGCUCCCAAGCCGUGUUGGGCCCCGCGUUAUUUAGUUGAUCAGGACGAGUCAUCUCUAAGCUUAAGUGCGUGACAAAGAAUGGAGGCUUAGGGUGGAGAACCUGCAUGAAAGAAAACCAUGAAAAUAAACCAAGAAGAAUCAUUUCUUUGAAGCUCCAUCCACAGAACCGACACGGCACGACAAUAAAAGCUGUAUGCUAAGUAGAGGCUAUGACUUAAAAAUUAGACAGAGAAGAUUAAAAUAACAUCAACUGGUGUCUUUUAAUAUUUCAAAUAUGGUACAAAACUGUAAGACAUUAAAAAUUACUAUAAAAAUAAUUCACAUAAAAAAUAAGAAGUAAUCAGUACAUUAGAUAAAAUAACUUUAAUUUCCUCUCAUGGGAAAGAAAAUAUGAAACUGCGAACACAAAUACAAUUGUGAAGAGCGUUUGCAAUUGAAAAAUAUUUGGACGAUAAUUUCAAAAUUAAUUUCAUUUUGUGACUUCGUAAGAACACAGUCUGGCUUUAAAGAUUUCGAAAUUUCACGUAAGAGAGUCGUUGAGCUUUGAUAUAUCAUAAUACUAUAAACAAUACUAUUUACAGUAAUCAAGGCUGUCAUUAAUCAAUGCAUAAAUUUUGGGAAUAACUAUACAGUUGAUGUACAUUACACCACACCUAUCUUCAAUAAA